AUGGAAACCCGACAUUAUUGGGAGGAAAACGGACAUGCCGUUAAGUAUGACAACUACAAUUCCAAUGACGGCUUCGGCAGGGUGGCCGGGGAACAGCUGAACUUCGCAGCGCCGUCGGAAGACGAGGCGGAGUUCCCGCCAGGCGCCUACUUGAAGAAGGGGAAGGUCACGAGGCAAGAUCCGAUGUCGCACCGAAUAAUCGAGAAGAGGCGGCGGGAUCGCAUGAACAACUGCUUGGCGGACCUUUCGCGGCUCAUCCCGCCCGAGUACCUGAAGAAGGGCCGCGGCAGGGUGGAGAAGACGGAGAUAAUAGAGAUGGCGAUCCGCCACCUCAAGUUCCUGCAGGAGCGCAUCAAUGCGGGCGAGAGGCAAGCGGGGGAGGACCACUUCCGCGCCGGCUACCAAGAGGCGGUGGGCGAGACGCUGCGCUACCUCGCCGAGGGGCAGGGCUACCCCGCCGACAGCCUCUGCGCACAACUCGCCGCCCACCUCCAGAGGCACUGCGAGGUCAUCACCAAAGGGGAAUCGGGCCGGGACAAGGGUCGGUCGCACGGCUCCGCCUCGGAGACGGCCAGCUCGUCGAGCAGCUCGAUGGGCUACGCGGCCAAGGGGGUGAUCCAGCCCCCGCCGGGGCCCGCCCCCUACGCGCAGGACCACUACGACCCGCCGCCCGACCAGACCUACCCCAAGGACUGCGACAGAGUGGCGGCCCCGGCGGAGUGCGUGAACGGCGCCAGCGCGGGGGGAGUCCCCGGGCCGGGCAAGCGCGAGCCGCCGCGCAAUCCCAGGGACACCGACCAGGAGGACUUCAUGCACUCGUACAAGUUCAAGAACUCCAUCGAGAGGCGCUUCUCCCGCUCCCAGGACUCCGAGGCGGCCGAGAGCCAGGCGCGCGUCGCCCACGGCAAGGCGUACUCGCACAAGCGGCGGCGCGCGGCCCGCCCCGCGCCCGCCGCCUCCACCUCCGCCUCCGCCUCCACCGAGGACGCGCACGACACCUCGCCGCAGGACACUUCAAGCGAGUCGCCACACCUCCACCAAUACGAGCAGUACGAGAAACCGCCCCCAGCUCAGUUCGUCCCCGUGUUCGCACUAAACGCGCUGGGCAAGUACUACGUGCCGCUGAGCGUGGAGUACGCGUGCGUGUCGCGGCAGCUGCGCGCGAGCGCGGAGGCGCCGCUGGCCGCGCUGCACCCCGUCACCAUCCACGUCAACUUCGCGCCCUGCCUCGGCUGCCGCGUCAAGCGCGAGCCGCCCGCGCGCGACUGGCGCCCCGCC